CUGUCCCAUACGCGUUAUGUUUCACAUGGGAGUACAAACCCUUUUAAAUGCGGUGUGAGGAUUUAGAAGUGACCGAGUCUUUCCCACUAGGGGGCACUCUCAUUCAAGGUUUCAACAGCGCGCAGGGAAUUUCCGUGGAAAAAGAUGCACGUCAGUAUGACACAUGUGUAACCGGUGUCAUGCUGGGAAAAUACCCGUUUUUCCAAACGAUUUCUAACGGGGGAAAAAAUGUUUUUUUUUUUAAUUAUCCUCUGCAUAUCUCAGUGCAACAAUAUUUACAUAGAACGAGUCGCACAGCUGAUCUUAUAACCUCAAACCUAAAGGCUUUUUAGUCCGAAAAGGGGCAGAUUGGUGUCCUCAUCUCCAAAUUUUGUCUCCCACGUUGAGCAGGGAAGCAGCCUUCGCAAGCAGAUGAUGCGAUAGUAAGAGCAAGUCACGUCAGUAUAUCGGGUCUGAUCACCGGAUGGUGUUUCCCUGGAGUGAUGAGCCGAUGUAGAUGCAUAAAAGCGCGAGCUUCAGGAGCCUGGAGCAUAAAAUACUGGAACGAAGGGCGUGUAGAGAGCCAAAGGAAGCGCUUUGGCGUUCUCUUCCUCUGCCUCGCCUCGCACAUGGGGGAAGACAACAAAGGCCCGAGCGCGGCAGAGGCUCCGACCUGCCGAAACGCCCACCUGAACGUCCGUCGUCGCCGCGAACGCUUUCAUCUCACCCCCGCGGAGCAUCGGCUCACCGGCAGCCCUUCCGCAGCGGCGGCGUCGCUUCAGAGACCUGCGUGCGCCUCUGCGGAAAAGAACGAUGACUUAUGUGUGGGCAGCUCACGGGUGCCGCCAUAUGUAACGUGUGAAGGCAGCGUAGUCGCACGGGGCCGCGGAGCCUGCGGAGGAUCCGGCACGGAGGAUGGGGUAGCCGGAGAGGGUGUGGGUGACAGGAUGGCGGGGCAGGGACGAGUGGGAUGUGCAGUAGGAGGAGAUGCGGUCAGGCCGGCUAGCCCUGUGGGAGGGCAUGAAGAUGACAGUCGGAUGGUGUGGAAGGGUGAGGAGUGGCUGAAGCGGGGGAGGAGAUGGGGUAGCGGGAGGUGUGGAAGUGGGAGCGUGAGGAGGAGUAAAGGGUGUGAGGAGGCAGGUGAUGAUGGUAAAGGAGAAAAGAGAUUAGGAAUGUAAUGUAUAGAGCUAUAGGGAUUGGGGGAGGAGCAAGAAAGAGGACGGUUAGGGAAACAGGCGUUUGGGCUGCAUCCGUCUCCAGCCAACUGGGCCCUUAAGCGCGUCAUGAAUGCCUGAGAUUUUAUAUUAAACAUACGCGCUGUGCAUACUGAAUGCUCAGCUCUAUGCUGUGGUUCAUUAGCAAUGCUAAAUUGAAUCCUUACCCUUUAAAAUAUUUUGUGUGUGUUAAUAUUAUUGUGUGACAAAAGCCAAACAUUUUGUUACAGAAUGUAACCACCCCCAUCUCUCUAACCCAUUCUGAAAUUCACAAAGCUUCUAAACACGUAGAAAUCCGUAUAAUUACCUCCACUUCCGUUAUCAUUCAAACUAAUGCCAUUCCACUAUGUAUCCUAGAUCAGAGCCGCAGUACAUGCAGACACAUUGAACAUAAAGUUAAU